AAACUGUCAUGGAAGAAGAAAAGGAAUAUUUUUUGGCACACGACAAAACGAAACAAGAAAACUUAUAUAUGAAGUGUUCAAGUUCGACCAAACUAUGCCCUAUACAUUGAAAUAUUCCAAUAUAAAUAGUCAAUAAGAAUGGCAAGCGUUAAUCUUUCAAUUGGGAAACUUGUACCCGUUUUAAUAACCCACGUGGAAUUUCAGACGGGAUGCUGCAUCGGGUACGGGCAAUUCUGUGAUGCAGAGGUUGUUGACAGUUUGUCAGAGCAAGUUACACAAGCAGCCACAGCAUCUAGGCCAAUUAAUGCAUGUGUGAUAAAUGAUAUUGUCCUUGCUUUGUAUCGUGAAGAUGAAAAUUGGUAUAGGGCGAAAGUAUCGUCGACGAACGAUAACUCAGUCUCUGUAUUAUUCAUCGACUAUGGAAAUUCAGAAGUCGUUGAUAUAAGCGAUGCUAGACUUGCCCCAACAGAGUUGAAACAAUAUUCUAGUUUGGCAGUGAAAUGUGUUUUGGAAGACAUAAACCCAACUGAUGGUAACACUUGGUCAAAUGUGGACAAAGAAAAGGUACAAGAGGAUCUGUUAAAUAAAGAAUUUACUGCAGAAGUAACUGAUAUAGUAAGCAGUGGUUAUGUUAUUGCAUUAAAUACUGAAUCUGGCCAGUAUCAGUUUGGCUCAAAGGAAAAUGGAAAGACAGGAACAAACUUGGCAACCAUGAAUUUAACACCAGGGGAAAGCUACAAGGCAUACAUAGCAUAUGUUGAUAGUGCAAAUAAAUUUUGGAUACAGUUAAAGCAGUUUGAAGUAAAUCUUGAAAACUUGAUGCAAGAUAUAUCAGAUUACGCAGAAGCUGAGGCUCAACCAUUACCACAGGCCAAACGUGGCACUUGUUGUAUAGCAAAAUUUAGUGAAGAUGCUGUCCCAUACAGGUCAAAAGUUUUGGGAAUUACCAGUGAUAAAUGUCUAGUUCAGUUUGUUGACUAUGGAAAUUCAGAAUCAAAAAGUCUUGUUGAUUUAAUGGUGAUUCCUGAAAAAUUCUGUCAGUUACCAGUCCAAGGUUUUAAAUGUUGCUACAAAAGAAGCAAGUUAAAAAGUAAUACAUUAGAUGAAAAAGUUCAGGAACUUACUUCCGAUGAGGAUGGUGUAAUUCUGACAGUAAUUUCUAAGUCCAGUGAUGAAUACAAAGUUGAAAUAGAUAAAAUAGAAAAACUAUCUGAUACUGAAAGUAUAGAAGUCCAAGCAUUUGAGCCUUUGCCUAUAGAUUUGAACAAGGAUUUUGACAUUUGUAUAUCACACGUUUAUCAUCCAGGUAGAUUUUAUGUGCAGAUAAUUGAAAAUGCUCCAAUUAUUGACAGUCUGAUGGAUAAGAUAUCUCAGGAAUUUGUAUCUAGUCAUAUUUUGUCUAGUUUAAUUGUUGGUGCACCUUGUAUUGCAAAGUUAAGUGAUGGUGCGUGUUAUAGAUCAGUAAUAAAAAGUGCUCAAAAUGAAAAUGUGUUUGUGCUUGCUGUUGAUUUUGGAUUUGAAGAAUGGGUCAGUAAUUCACAGCUUAGAGAAAUUUCUACACGUAACUUGCAGAUACCAUCACAAGCACUUGAAUGCACGGUAGAUUCAACAAAGACAGAGGAAAAAUAUUGGUCUGCUAAAGAGAUCAGACUUUUGUCUGAAUUUGAAAGUAAGGAACCGUUGAUAGCUAAAGUGACUGCCAAGCGUGGAGCCAUUUUACAAUUAGAUUUGCAUGAUACAAAAGACCCAGAAUUAGACAGAUAUAUAAAUGCAGAAUUGUUAGGAGUUGGAAAAGAUAGUAAUGAAAGUUUAAUACAGAAUUCUAAAAUGACACCAACUCAUGUUAAAAAAAAAGAACAAAUUUUAAUUCCAGGACCACAAGUAACAGUUGGUCAAAAAGUACUUGUAUGUGUAACAGCUGUUAAGUCUACAAACCAGUUUUUUGCUCAGAUGACAAAGUGUGCAAGUGAAAUUGGUGACUUACAACAGAAACUUCACACUAACUAUGAAAAUUAUAGUAUGUCAGAAGGUGUGAUGAAAAGUAUUGGAGUAGGAGAUGUUUGUUGUACAAAAUACGUUGAUGGAGGUUGGUACAGAGGAAUUGUGACAGGUUUAGAACAAGGCAAAAUAGAAGUAAGCUUUGCUGACUUUGGAGAUUCAACUACUUCCAAUUUGAAUAAUCUUAAAGAAUUGCUACCAAUUUUUGCAGUGAUGCCUCAACAAUGUAUACUUUGUCAGCUUUCUGGCUUGAAUACUGGAUUGACUAAAGAAAUUGUAGAAAGUGUGCUGAUGAAUCAAGUAGUUGAGGUUCUGUUAAAGAUGAAGAAAGAUUUCUCAUUUCCUCUUUUUGAAGUCGAGUUAACUAGUCACCCAAAUAAUGGAAGAAUACUACAGAAGUUGAAAGGACAGCCUUCUGUUCCUAGAAUUCCAAGACCAGCAAUGUCCAAUCAUGUUUCAAAUACAAGAUUUGCAGACUCUCUAGAUGACUAUCAGCCCACAGUUGUCUCAUUGUAUUCAGCAGAAGAAGUUAUGGUGACUCAUGUAAUUGACCCUGAACAUUUUCACUGUCAAAUGAAGAAAUAUGCCACUCAGUUGGAUGAAAUCAUGCAGUCUCUGGAUGAUCAUUGUAAAAAACUUGGACCAAAUGAUGAUUGUAUAGGAGAUAUUCGUUUAGGACAGCCAUGUUUAGCUAAAUUUAGUGCUGAUAAUUCUUGGUACAGAGCUAAAGUUACAGGUCUCCUCGCUGGGAAAAACCUUGUGGAGGUGUUGUUUGUGGAUUAUGGUAAUACAGAAUGUCAAGAAAGAGAUGGAUUAAAGAUGGUACAACCAAAACAUUUGAACUUGCCUUCUCAAGCAAUAUUUUGUGGUUUAUCAGGAAUUGCUGCCUCACAAGGAUAUUGGUCCCCAGAACACAUAACACAAUUUGAAGAUCUGACACUUGACCAAAACUUCAAUACAGUUUUCAAGAAAUGGAGCAAGGAGGAAGAUAGAUACUCAGUAGAGAUGACAACAUUACCAGGAGAAAGUUUAAAUCUCAAAUUCGGCAGCAUGUCAAAUUCACUUUGUUCAGAGCAGUCAGUUGAUCGGGGAAGAAACAGAUCUGUAGAAAUGUCUGGCAAUAAUGAUAUGAAGGUGAAAGUUGGUGGGUUUGGUGACACUGAUGGAAGUAGAGGCUUUGGUGCAGCCAGUCGUAGCUUUGGUGGAAGGGAUGAAGACUCUGGUAGAAGUGGCCGCAGCGGUGGUUUCGGGGGUGAUAGAGGAGGAAGAGGAGGAUUUGGUGGUGGAGACCGUAGUAGUGGUUUUGGAGACAGAAAUGGUGAUGGUGGGGAUAGAGGUGGAAGAAGAGGAGGGUUUGGUGGCGACAGAGGAGGAAGAGGUGGAUUUGGUGGUGGAGACCGAGGUGGUGGAUUUGGUGCAUCAACAAAAACUGAUGAUGACUGGGGAGAUGGAACAUCAACCACAAAUACCAGUUCUGGAUUUGGUGGAAGUAGUUUUCGAGGUGACAGAGGAGGUAGAGGAAGUUUUGGAGGCGAUAGAGGAGGAAGAGGGAGUUUUCGAGGUGGCCGUGGAGGUAGAAGUAAUGGGUUUGGAAGAGAAGACAAUAACGAUAGAGGAUUUGGCAGCAGCAGAGGUGGAAGAGGAGGUCGAAGUGGAGGAUUUGGCAGAGACCAAGAUAACAGUAGUGAUCAAGGAAGUGAAGGUGGAUUUGGUGGCAGAAGAGGGGGUUUUGGAGGAGACAGAGGAGGUCGUGGUGGAAGCAGAGGUGGCCGUGGUGGAUUUGGUGGCGACAGAGAUGAUGGUGGUAGUGGUUUUAGUAGUGACAGAGGUGGACGUUCUGGUGGAUUUGGAGGAGAUCGAGGUGGUAGAGGAGGUAGUUUUGGUGAAAACAGAGGUGGCAGAGGAGGUGGUUUUGGUGGAGACCGAGGCGGCAGAGAAAGUGGAUUUGGUGGUGGCAGAGGAGGUAGUUUUGGGGGUGACAGAGGUGGUAGAGGAGGAGGAUUUGGUGGAGACAGAGGUGACAGAGAAAGUGGUUUUGGUGGUGGCAGAGGAGGUGGGUUUGGUGGCGACAGAGGUGGCAGAGGAGGUGGGUUUGGUGGUGACAGAGGUGGUAGAGGAGGAGGUUUUGGUGGUGACAGAGGUGGUAGAGGGGGAGGUUUUGGUGGAGACCGGGGAGGUGGCAGAAGUGGGGGAUUUGGAGGUGGAGGUUUUGGUGGUAAUACAGUUCAAGCUUCUGCUGAUGAGGAUUGGGGAGAUACUACAUCAAGCCCACCAGUAGCUAAACCAGUUACAGACAGAAAAGGAAAUGGAGAUAGUUGGGAUGUUAAACCAUCAGGUAGCCUUGCAGUGAUCCAUAGUGGUGGUGAUAGUGAAGAUAAAUGGACACAUAAAAACUUGAACAGAUUUGUGUCUCAGAAAUUUGUACUUGGAAAAUCAUUAACAGUUAAUGUUGUCUAUUCAAAUAACCCAGCAGAAUUCUGGUGUCAGAGUUUAGAUCAAGUACCUGCUUUUGAAGAAAUGUCUGAGAACAUGAACAAAGAAUAUAACAGUAUUUCUGAAAAUGAAUUAAAUCUAGACAAACCUGAAAUACAAAUGCCUUGUAUUGCUAAAUUUUCAGAAGAUGAACAAUGGUACAGAGCAGAAAUUUUAAACAUCAAAGGAGAUGACUUAGAGGUCUUAUUUGUUGACUAUGGAAACACAGAAACAGUAUCAAAAUUAUCUGCAAAAUCCAUUAAAACACAAUACUAUAGUAUGCCGAUACAGGGAAUCAAAUGCUUAUUGAAUAAUGUAAAGCCAAAUGGUAAUUCUUGGUCAGAAAAAUCUAAUGAUGAUUUUUCUACAUCAACAACUGACAAAAAUAUGGAAUUGAAAUUUAUAAGUCUAUUGUCAGGAACAUAUGAAGUUGAGUUAAAGGAUUCUGAGACCAAUGAUGACAUUGCAGUCAAACUAGUAGAAAUGGGUCAUGCCACAUUUUCCCCAGGAAGUCAAAAAGUAAUCAACCCAUACCCAUGUACUACACUACCUCUAGACACAUCAAAAGAAGUGUUUGUAUCAUGGAUUGAUAAUCCACACUGUUUUUGGAUUCAGCUCGCUGAGACUACUGAUAGUCUAAAUGAACUUGUUGAGAAAAUUCAAGAGGAAUAUACAUCGGGAUCAUCUUCAAGGUCUGCUGUAGAGAAAGCAGAAGUUGGAAUGCAGGUUAUAGCUCAGUUUACUGAUGACAAUGCCUGGUAUAGAGCAUACAUAGAGAGUAUAGAUGCUGGAAAAUAUUGUGUCCGUUUUAUUGACUAUGGUAACUCUGAUAAAGUAGAAAUGGAAAGGUUACGUAAACCUUCUCCAGAAUUGUUAAGUACAAAUGCAUAUGCAUUUAAAUGUAAAUUAGCUGGAGUUAAACCAUUACAAGCAGGUUGGAAUGUUGACUCAAAGGAUAUAAUGGAAAGUCUGGUAACGGAUGCUGUCUCUUGUCUUGUCAAGGCAUCUGACAAGAGUGAACACACUGUAGAGAUAUCGAUGGGGUCUAAAAACAUUGCAGAAGAACUAAUUAACACAGCAGUGGCUAGAAAGGAUGAAUUUCCAGCAGAAAUGGCUAAACCAGUAACUACCACAGAUAUACCAUCCAGCUCAGGAAGUUCUAUACCAAGUAGAUCUAUACAGAAAAACAAUCCAGUCUCUGCUUAUGUAAGCUCAGUUAUAUCUCCGUCCAAAUUUUAUAUUCAGUUUGCAGAUGAAGAGGCCACCUUGGAAAAAUUAGUGAGUAGUUUACAAGUAGCUUAUAAUGAGAAUCCAGGAGAAGGUACAAAUUCUGCUGUAAUAGGACAGUUUUAUUGUACAAAGUAUACAGAGGAUGAUUCAUGGUAUCGUGUCAUUGUAGAAAGCCUUGGUGAUAAAGUUACAGUUUGUUUCGUUGAUUAUGGUAAUUCAGAAAAUGUCAAUGUAUUAGAUUUAAAACUUUUAAAAUCUGAGUUCUCAACUUUACCUGCAUUCGCUGUAAAAAGUUGUUUGUCUGGGGUUGAACCAGUAACAGAUAAAUGGUCAGAUGAGGCCAAUACAGCUUUUGAAGAAGCAGUUGUAGACCAAGAGUUAACUGUUAAUUUUAUAACUGAUUCUGAAGUAUUUGUUUCCAAUGCAGAAGGAGAUGUAGCUCAGAGUUUGAUUUCAGCAGGACAUGCCAGAGCCAGACCUUCCUCUAAUUCUACAGAGAGUACAUUAUCACUGGAAGACCAGGUUACACCAGUUGGAGAAGUAAUUGUCUAUUUAUCUGCUAUAGAUGAUAAAGGAUUUUAUUUACAAUUGGCAAGUCAGGAAAGUACACUACAAAACAUGUCCGACCUUUUGCAAACAUUAUGUCCAACCUUACAACCUGUCAGUUUACCAUCUUUAUCAGUUGGAAACUUUUGUUGUGCUAAAUUUUCUGAAGAUGACGCAUGGUAUAGAGCAGUUGUGACAGACAUAAAAGAUCAAGAAGUUACUGUCACUUUCAUAGAUUAUGGAAAUGGGGAAACAUUGCCAGGUAGUAGUCUUAAACAGCUGCACAAAGAAUUACUGUCCCCAGCUUUGGCAUUCCAUUGUUGUUUGGAUGGUUGUGAAUCUGUAGACACAACCAUCCUAGAGCCAAGGCUUACAGCCCUAAUGGAUUCAACAGAACUUAAUGCCUUGUUUAAAGGGAAGAUAGGAGACUUGUUCAAAGUUGUGUUGACAGACAGUGGUGUAAAUGUGAACCAGGAAUUGAGUGAUAAAGGUGAUGCUCUAGCUGGUGGUGAUAUGAUGGUUCUUGAUGAAACAGGAGAUGCACAAAAACUUUCAGAAAUUGAAGAUGCACAAGAACCAGUAACACAUAGUUUGAAAGACAUGAAAGUUAUAACUUUGAAAGAAGGAGAAAGAAUCUCAGUAACUGUUAGUCAUAGUGACAGCCCAAGUAAAUUCUACGUAAAUUUAGAAGAAAACGUUACCAAAAUAAACACCUUAAUGGAUGAUAUGUUCAAUUUUUAUUCUAAUAUACCUGAAGAGCAGUAUGAAAUAACAAAGAUAGAACCUCAAAUGGUUUGUGCAGCAAAGCUUUCUGAAGAUGACACAUGGUAUCGAGUCAAAGUGACAUCAGUUGAUGGAGAGAAGUGCCAUGUUUUCUAUUUAGAUCAUGGAAAUUCGGAAGAAACUUCCAUAACAUGUUUGAAACAGUUGUUGACAAAAUUUGCAGAAUUACCCAUUCAGAGUAUUCCAUGUAUAUUGUCUGGUAUUGGUGCUUCAGGAGAAAAAUGGAGUGAUGAGGACUUGACACUAUUUACUGAACUCACUAGCGAUAAGAGCUUACUUGCAGAUAUACUUGGUCAUGGAAAAGGUAGAUCAUACAUUGUACAGUUGUUAGAUAUGGGUAUAUCAGUCAACCAGUCAAUGAUAGAGAAGUCACAUGGUAUCAUAAUCUCAACUCCACGUGUUAACACCAAAGUAAGACGAGUGUUCUCAGACUCCAGUGAUAUUGCCAGUCCUAUGAGGAUGAAGAUGCCUUCUCUAACCACAGAUGAAGAAUCCAUACUGGAGGAUACAUUUUAUGGGUAUUCCAGAUUGACCUAUGAAGUUGAUAAAGAUUACCCUGUGAAGGUGUCCCAAAUAGAAAACCCCACCUGUUUCUGGUGCCAGAUAGUGGAUCCAGAAAACAAACUUGAAAAACUCAUGAACAGUUUACAGGAUAAAUACAGUGAUUCAGUGGAUAAUGUGGCUGAAAUAGAUACACCUUGUGUUGCCAAGUGUAAAGGUGAUGGUCGCUACUACAGAGGUGUCACUAGAUCAAAACUAGAAGAUGGAGAAUUAACAGUAUUAUUUGUGGACUAUGGAAGUACAUAUUGUGUAAAGGCAGAAGACGUGAAGGCAAUCAAAAGUGGUGAUAUUGAGCUUCCUAUGCAAGCUGUAGACUGUAUGUUACAUGAUAUUGACCUUGAUGAAUCUCAUGAUGACUGGGAUGAGGAGGCUUGUGAAUAUUUUGAGGCUCUGUGCGAAGAUAAGACAUUAACAAUGAAAGUCAAACAAGCAUGUUACGAAGGAAUAUCCGUUUAUCUAUAUGAUGGAGAUAUAGAUUUAAGUAGUCUUUUGGCAGAAAAUGAUUUUGUUAAUCUUAUAUCGCGGGAAAACAACAGCCUUGUUUCCGUUGAAGAAAAGACACCUGUAAAACGAAGCCCUAGGAAGGACGUUACAGCAGAAGUUCUAGGACGUUUAUUGUCGACAGAUUCUGAGUACCAUGUGAUUAUUUCCCAUGUAAAUGAUCCAUCAAAUUUCUAUGUGUUGUUUCAGGAUAGUGCAAUUGAAUCUAUUGAAAAGGCAAUUAACAGUCAUAUUGCAAUGAACCCAGACGAUAAUCUGCCUGAGGAUCUUAUUAAAGUUGAUGAACUUUGUUUAGCUUGCUGUAAAGAUGUUAAAGACUGGCAGAGGGCUAAAGUUGAAGAAGUUCAAGAUGAUGGAAUUCAGGUACAUUUGAUAGACAUUGGAAAUAAAGAGGUGGUGAAAAAGACUGACCUGAGAAAGAUGCCUGAAGAUAUUCGCAACUACCCACCGCAGGCUUAUCUUUGUGAACUUGAUGAUAUUAAACCAGUUGAUAAUCAAAAGGAAUGGUCUGAAGACACAGUUGUUUAUUUCCAGGAUGUUUGUACUCCUGGUGAAGAAAUGGUGAUCUAUUUUUGUGAUCGUAAUGAAAAUAAGUUAAAGGUUUCUCUGUUUGAUGGAUCUCUGAAGACACAACAGGAGCAGGAUCAACAGCUGGGUGUACAGUUAGUAAAACUUGGCUUUGCUGAUUAUAUACCAGGAUCUAUAAUAGAAGAGAUAAUCAUGGAAGAAGAAAAUACAGAACCAUUGUUUAAUGAGAUGUCAUUACACAGGGAGAAUUCUUAUGGCAGCACAGAUGGACAGGAUACAAGUGCUUUGGACGAUUCAAGUAUGUGCCCCGGUGAAACCACCACUGAUGUUUCUACAUACCCAGAGGACUCAGAAUUAGAGACCACUGCGUCAGAUAGUUUUUCUUUUGUUGAUUUUAAACCAGUGCCAAAAAUAACAGAUGAUUUUGAUGGAAUACCAGCAAAGAAAGGGGAAGACGAGGAAGAAGAUGAAUUUUAUGAUGCUGAAGAUGAAAAGGAAGAAAGUCAGGUUGCUGAAGAGGUGGAUAGAGGCGGUGAAAAAGUUGAAAUUGAACAAAAGUUAGGAAUAAAAAAUGGAGAUGAAAAUCAGAUAGGGCCAAACUUAAUAGAGCCUGAAAAGGAAAAUCUGUUGAAAAGUGAACAGUUGCAAUUGGAAAUACAACCUGAAAAGAAAAGUUCAGAAGAAAUUGAAACCAACAAAACAGAAGUCCAACCUGAAGAUGGUAAUCAAGAAGAAAUUACACAGAAAGAAGAGCACCAAUCAGAAGUCACUGAGGAAAAAGAUUUUAAAAGUGAAGGUAAAAAUGAAGUAAAUAUAGAACAUGACAAUGAGAAGAAAGAUGAUGCAGAAAGUGACGAAGAAGACACCAUUAAAUGCCUUAGCGAUGAAGAACUUGGAGAGGAAAAAUCAAAACCCAGUCAAGAUAUAGGAGAAAUAGACAACAGAUUAAAAGAAUGCUGUAUUGUUGAGGAAAGUAAUCAAUCAAAAGAAAUAAAAGAUAUCAAAACUGAAGGUUCAUCAAAGUCUGAUAUUGUUGAAACAGAUCAAAAUGAGGACCCAAAACAUAUUAUUGAACAGUUUAUAAAACAUUCAGUGGAAGAAGUUGCAAUUGAAAAGUAUAAAAAAGAAAUGGAAGAAAGAGAAAAAGAAGAUGGAACUUCUGCAGUUAACAACAAUGUAGAAAAGGAUGAUGAUGACCUUGUACAAGAGAUUGAUAAAUUAUCAGUAGAAGAUCAAAAGGAGAAUGUUCAAAAAUCAACUGAUGAAAAUUUGGAGAAUAUUGAAGAUAUCGAGAAGACUACCGAAGAAGGAAUUGAAAUAAUAAAGAAGGAGGAAGUGGAAGAAGAUAUUGAGCAGUCUCCAGAUGAAAACCAGGAACUAAAAGAGAAAGACCGGAUUAAUGACACAGAGUCACACACAGAUAGUGCUGAUGCUAGAGAAGAAGAAGAAGACAUUGAUUUUGUUCAAAAAGAGGUUGAAGAACAGCGUACAGGAAAUGAUGUUAAUACUGAUGAAAUCAAAGAUGAAGACAAUGAUGGGGAAACUCUAGACGAAGAAAAUGAUAUAAAUGAUGGGGAUAGGUCACAGGAGGAAACUCUAGAUGAAGUAAAGGAUAAAAGUGAUGGGGAUAGGUCACAGGAGGAAACUCUAGACGAAGAAAAGGAUAAAAGUAAUGGGGAUAGGUCACAAGAGGAAACUCUUGAUGAAGAAAAGGAUAAAAGUGAUGGGGAUAGGUCGCAGGAGGAAACUCUAGAUGAAGAAAAGGAUAAAAGUGACGGGGAUAGAUCGCAGGAGGAAACUCGAGAUGAAGAAAAGGAUAAAAGCGAUGGGGAUAGGUCACAGGAGGAAAUUCUAGAUGAAGAAAAGGAUAUAAAUGAUGGGGAUAGGUCACAGGAGGAAACUCUAGAAAAAGAAAAAAAUAACGGCCAAGCUGAAGAUACUACAGGGAAAUCUGAUGAUCUUAUUGAGGACGAGCAAGCCUAGGAUGAAGUUAAGAAUGUAAACGAAAUGGUUCAAUAGUAAUGAGCCAAAAGGCAAUGUAGAAAAAAAUAAGUACACAUUGAGAAAAUAUCUGUCCUAAUGGACAUAAUGACAAUGUAUUUUUAUAUGAAUUAGUUUACUUUUCCCUUUAUGGGUUUGUUUGUUUUAGAAUUUAUUUUUGUUAACAAAAACAAUGACAAUUAUUUCACAUGUAGCAUAAUAUGUGUUUGAAGGAAGAAGGACUAUUCACAUUUUGUUACAGAUGGUGCUGCUUAUUGUAUAGUGCUUUUGUAUUGUUAAUAAUGUCAUAUUAGAUAACUCAUAGUAGAAGAAGUAGUUGUAGAUUGGUUUAUGUUUUUAUGUGCAAUGGGGACAGAUUUUACACCAGAAGAAAAGGGAAGUAAUUUUUUAAGGCAAUAUGAUGAAAUAGAUAGCUUGAUCUUUGCUGUUUUUUAUUUGCAAAUUCUUUUCACAAAAAUGAGGUCAUUUUAUAACACAGUAAGCUAGCUGAUUGUGUGCUUAUUGCAAUUAUGUUGGCAGCAGAAACAAAGAUGUUCAUUAGAUAGGCAUAUGUUUUUAAUUUUUAAAUGGAUCCAUAUAUUGCUUCAAAUAAGUUACAUUAAAACAGAUGCAUACAUUGAAUAUGAAUAUUUUCAAAUAUCGGACAAUAUUGUGAACAGUAAAUUUGGGCAUUUUUAUUGAUGUUGUACAGAAAUAGGGGUUAUUAAUAAUGUCAACCAUGUACUUAAAGGGUUUUUAACUUGAAGGUUUCAGCUUUUGAUAAGAGAAUUUAAAAAUCUAGCUAAAUUCAAAUUGAUUACAAUUUCCAUUAUGCAAUUUACAUUUUUUUUUAGGUUAAAGCAAGGUAUUUUCAGAUGUAUAGCAUUUCUUAGUCUCUCUAAUAUUUGCAUACAAGUUUUUAUCAUUAGAGCAUUGAAUGGUUUGACAGGUAAAGAGAUGAACUUAUAAAAAUGUAUCAAUAGCAUAGAAAAAUUGUUAAAUAUAUGGAAGAACAUUUUCGACAGUACUUAAAAAGGUGAUGGUUAGACGCUUAUCAUCCAGUGGCUAAUAUUUCAUGUAUAUUAAAGAUUAAAACCACAAAUAGAAACUGAGUUCAGAUGACACAUAUUGAAACUACAUGUAUGUACCUAAAAGGAAUGAACAAGUGAUUGAAGGAAGUUGGUAAUUUAAGUAUUAAAUUGGGAGUUGAACUGUAAAACCGUAUACGAUUUAGAACUUUCAUUUUGGAUAAUUAGAGGGAGGUAUUUACAUUAUAAGAGGAGUGAUUUAGAAAAUACAAUCUUAGAACCAAAUAUUUGUGCAAGUUUUUAUAAAAGAAAAAAAAUUGGGGAAAGAGUUCAGAUUUGAAGGCACAAAUUUGGCAUUGCAAAUUAUAAUUGAUCAGUUUGUAUUGCACAAAAAACAUUAGUAUCAAAAGACCUGCACUCUGUCUACAGCUUAAGAUUUUUCAUGGUACUUCUAUGGAUUUAAAUACUACACAAUUACUAUAAAUAUUUUGAUAAACAAAAAAUUCUUCAUCUGUGACAUUUGCACAUGUUUUUACAGCUUUUAUGUAUUGAUGCAUUCACUACUGCAAGUAUAUACAAUUCAAUGACCUUAAAAUUGGGCAUAAGGGGCAUAAAUACUUAAAUUGUUUUAUCAAGAAUUCAUUUGAGAAUUUGGUUGUGUCUCAUUAUUUUAGUUGUAUCAAAGGAUUGUCCUAUGACAUGACAUGACAUGACAGUAAGGUUUGUGUAUAUUAAUAUAACACCAGUACUGGUAAUCAUGUCAAAUUUCAGAUUGCAAAGGAUAGCAGUUUAUGAAUUAUGAGUUUCUUAUUUUUUUAUAUUCAAAGAAAUUUCUGUUGGUAAUCAUGUGACCUUACUGUUUUAUUAUCACAAAGUUGUUAUUAAACUGUUUAUCUUA